AUGUCUAAUUCAAUAAGUUCCCCCACAUCCACAUUCUCUACAUCAUUACCAUCAAAUGGGACCGCUUUUUAUUGUGGUAACAUGGGAGUUUUGUAUAUGAACUCAACUGAAUACGGAGCCAGUUACGCACGGUACUAUUGGCAGUGCGGCAGAGAAUAUGAAUCGGCUUUUGCAACGUUGACUAAAGAAGUUCCAGGUACCACAUUCUCAGCUGACAUGCCUACUUCUUCUUGGGAUAGCGUAUUGGAUUGUGGCUAUUCCUCCGUAAUCAACGUGGCAGCAAAUAAAAAUUCACCUGAUGAUUAUUGGAAUUGUGGUAGAACAUAUGCCAGGAAUUAUGCUCUGUCUGAUGCACUUUUGCUGAAGCCAACUAACAUGCUGCAAUACUUUUUAUUUGCAUUAUUCUUCAUCUGCAUUGUUCUAUGA